CCUUUACUUGCUUAUUACCGAAAAAAAGAAAAAAGUAAGUGUUAUUUUAAACACUCAGAAAGAACUGCAGAUAUUAAAAAAUGGGGUGGAGUUUUUUUUCUUUUUAAAAUCGGUUGGAGUUGAAAGCGGUGCUUUAGGAAGCAAGUAGCAACAACAAAAGCGGUCUAAGUUAGCAGCGGCGCAUGUUGUUCCUCUCUCCAUGUCCAUGCGCCUUCGUGCUCUCACUCUUCCCUUCAAACCCAAACCUAAACCCAUCAAUACCAAAACCCUUUCAAAGCCAUUCGCAUCCACCGCACUCGCCCACUCCCACUCCGACUACGACGCCCCUUCCUCCACCCUCCAAGUCCUCCAAACCCUCCACCGCCUCCACGACCGCCCCGCCGACGCCCUCUCCUUCUUCACCCCCCCCCGCCGCACCGGCUUCCCCCACCCCCUCUCCACCUACGCCGCCAUCAUCAAAAUCCUCUCUUUCUGGAACCUCCCGCGCACCCUCGACUCCCUCUUCCUCCACCUCCUCACCCACCCCCCUCCCUUCCCCCUCGCCCACCUCUUCCAGACCCUCUUCCACCACCUCCACCACCCCAACCACCGCCACCUCCUCCGUGCAUUCCACUGCUUCGUCAAAUCCUGCGUCAGCCUCAACAUGUUCGACGCCGCCAUCGACUUCCUCUUCCACUUCCGCCGCCGCGGCCUCCUCCCCGACGUCCUCACCUGCAACUUCCUCUUCAACCGCUUGGUGGAGCACGGCCACUUCGACAAGGCUCUCGCCACUUAUGAACAGCUCAAGAGGUUUGGCUUCACUCCCAAUUGUUACACUUAUGCCAUUGUUAUCAAGGCUUUGUGCAAAAAAGGUGACUUGAAACAACCCCUUUGUGUGUUUGAGGAGAUGGAGAGACUUGGAGUGGUCCCUCAUUCCUUUUGCUAUGCUGCUUACAUUGAGGGCCUUUGUAAUAACCAUAGGUCUGAUUUGGGGUAUGAGGUUUUGCAGGCAUUCAGGAAGGGGAAUGCCCCUUUGGAGGUUUAUGCUUACACCGCUCUUGUUCGCGGGUUUUGCAAUGAGAUGAAGUUGGAUGAGGCUCAGGGUGUCUUUGAUGAGAUGCAGAGACAAGGGGUGGUUCCUGAUCUCUAUGUUUAUUCCGCAUUGAUUCAUGGCUAUUGUAAGAGUCGUAAUUUGAUUAAGGCUUUGGCGUUGCACGAUGAGAUGGUUUCCAGGGGUGUGAAGACGAAUUGCGUCAUUGCUAGCUACAUUUUGCAUUGUUUGGGGGAGAUGGGGAUGGCUUUGGAGGUGGUGGAUCAGUUCCAGGAGUUGAGGGAGUCAGGGAUGUUUCUCGAUGGCGUCGCCUAUAAUAUUGUGUUUCAUGCUUUGUGUAAGUUGGGGAAGGUGGAGGAUGCGAUUGAGAUGUUGGAGGACAUGAAGAGGAAGCGUGUGGGAUUGGAUAUCAAGCACUAUACGACACUUAUCAAUGGCUACUGCCUUCAGGGUGAUCUUGUUAAUGCGUUUGGUGUGUUUGGGGAAAUGAAUGAAAAGGGUUUUAAACCUGAUGUUGUCACAUAUAAUGUACUGGUGGCUGGGUUGGCGAGAAAUGGUCCUGCUCAUGAGGUGGUGAAGCUUUUGGAGUAUAUGGAGAGUCAUGGUGUGAAGCCAAACUCUACUACACACAAGAUGGUCAUUGAAGGUUUGUGUUCAGGAGGCAAGGUUUUAGAAGCUGAGGCGUAUUUUAAAUGUCUGGAAGAUAAGAGUGUUGAAAUAUACUCUGCCAUGGUGAAUGGCUAUUGUGAAGUGGACCUUGUCGAAAAAUCCUAUGAAAUUUUCCUUAAGCUGUCAAACCAAGGAGAUAUGGCUAAAGAAGCUUCCUGUUUUAAGCUACUCACUAAACUCUGCACGGCAGGUAACAUUGAGAAAGCUGUUAUGAUGCUGGAGAGAAUGUUUUUGUCGAAUGUGGAACCUAGCAAAAUAAUGUAUUCUAAAGUUUUAGCUGCUCUGUGCCAGACUGGGGAUAUGAAGAAUGCUCGUUCUUUGUUUGACUUUUUCAUUCGUAGAGGAUUGAAACCUGAUGUUGUAACUUACACAAUUAUGAUAAAUAGUUAUUGUAGGAUGAAUUGCUUGCAGGAUGCCCAUGACCUCUUCCUGGAUAUGAAGAGGAGAGGGAUCAAGCCUGAUGUCAUUACCUACACAGUUUUACUUGAUGGAAGCUUAAAAGCGAAAUUAAGAAGGCAUUUAUCUCCUCUUGGAAUAGGAAAGACAGCACCAUCAAAUAUUUCCACCAUCUUGAGAGAUAUGGAGCAAAUGGAAAUAAAUCCGGAUGUUGUUUGUUACACUGUAUUGAUUGAUGGACAAAUGAAGACAGAUAACUUUCAACAAGUAGUUAGCCUCUUUGAUAAAAUGAUUGACAGUGGACUAGAACCAGAUACUGUAACAUACACUGCUUUGGUCUCUGGCUUAUGUAACAGAGGGCACAUGGAGAAAGCUGUUAUACUGCUUAAUGAAAUGUCUUUAAAGGGAAUGACACCAGAUGUGCAUAUCAUCUCAGCUUUAAAACGUGGUAUUAUAAAAGCUAGAAAGGUGAAAUUUCGUAAAUAGUCAGCCAGUUUAGACUGUUUGUGCUUGGAUUUAUACCAAUUUCUAAGGUGUAUCCAAUCAGUACCUAAAGGUUGAAAAGAGAAGAGCUGUGCAGAAUUGCAGAUUGGUUACCAGUAUGCCAUUGCAUGUAUGUCUGGCUAUGCUUUAUACAGAAUUAAAACGCUUCUUUAGGGCAUUAUUAUUUGUAUGAUAUCUCUACACGUGUAUUUUUACCCAGAAAAUAUACUUGUAGAUCUACCAUUGCAGUGUAGAUAUGGUAUCCGUUGAUUGAAGAACAUAAA